UACAGUCAAAGACAGCGAUAUUUUUUAUAGAUGUUGUGACAGGUGGACGUAAAAGGUUAAAGGAAUAUAAUAUCGUACUAUCGUUUACGUGUAGUGUAGUAAUUUAUUAAAGUUAUUUUUUAAUCCGUUGCCGAUUUGAAAGAAGAUGGCAACGACUAGCGAACCUGUUGAUGCUGCUGUUAAAUCCAAAAGGCCAUCAGAUAGUGCUUUCAAACAGCAGCGGUUGCCAGCGUGGCAGCCAAUCCUGACAGCUGGCACAGUGCUACCAACUUUCUUUGUGAUAGGCAUAGCAUUUAUCCCAGUUGGUGUUGGUCUGCUGUACUUUUCAGAUGAGGUGAACGAGUUGGUUUUGGACUACACGGAUUGCAACAACACGUUGGCAAGUGGGCCGAAGGGCCGGUGUGAAGACAUUAUUGCCAACAGCUCGCAAGAUUGCCAAUGCAGCCUGGACUUCAGCAUCGCCAAGACAUUCCCGGACAAGGUAUACAUGUACUACGGACUAACCAACUUCUACCAGAACCACAGACGGUAUGUCAAAUCCCGUGAUGACAAGCAGCUUCUUGGAAUGUUGAAUCCCAACCCUUCGUCUGACUGCGAGCCGUUUGCAUACGUCACUAACGACAACAAGAAGAUACCCAUCGCACCGUGUGGUGCCAUCGCUAACUCACUGUUCAGCGAUAAACUUAAGAUACUUCCCAAGAUUCCCAAAAACAAUGAAAAGGAAGUACCACUUCUGAAAACUGGCAUUGCCUGGCCCUCCGAUAAGCAGAUUAAGUUUCAAAAUCCUCCUGGGAACUUGUCAGAAGCUUUCAAAGAUUUUGAAAAGCCAAAAAAUUGGAAAGUACGGGUUUACGAGCUGGAUCCAGCAGACCGCAACAAUAACGGCUUUGAGAAUGAGGACUUGAUCGUGUGGAUGCGUACUGCUGCUUUGCCUAGUUUCCGUAAGCUGUACCGGCGUAUCGACCACUCGCAAGAAGGCUAUCGCCACGGGUUGCCUGCUGGAAACUACACUCUUGUUGUCGACUACUCAUAUUCGGUGUCGUCAUUCGAAGGCAGGAAGAAGAUGAUUCUUUCCACUACAUCCUUGCUGGGGGGCAAAAACCCUUUCUUGGGUAUUGCUUACAUUGUGGUCGGCUGUGUUUGCCUGCUGUUGGGAAUUGUGUUCCUCUUCAUUCAUAUCAAAUGUGGAAAAAGCACUGCGGAAAUGAUAAAUGUGAAUCCUCACACCUCGUACCAGUAAGAGGCAGAAGAGUUUGGCUGAAAUUACAUUCUCACACUUGGGCAUUACAACGUAAGUGCAUUAUCGUUGGCAUUCCCAGUGCCAAUGUGUGGGAAUUUCAAGAGUAAUUUGCUGUAAAAACAGGUGAUCAUGAAUGUUGUGUAAUGUCACACUGAUCAGAGAUACAGUCUAAAGAAACAUUUCCAGAAUGAGUGGAAAGCUGAAAACAGUGUUCUGGAUUUGUAAUGACAUUUUAUUUAUUAAUUUUAUGGUGUAACAUCAUAUUCAUAGAAUGAGAGCUUAGGACAGGAAUCAUUUAUGAGCAUGAAACAUUUAAGUAUUUUCUAAACAUCGACUUCACUCCUAAAUAUAGUACAAAGUACAGUUAAGUGCUGUUUGUGAUAUCAUAAAUAAUGCCAAAAUCAAUUGUUGUACUACCCAUCAAAGAAAUUUUUCUAAGGAGUUUAUUUUUGUUUUGUUUUCUCUUAGUGUGAAUGUUAUCAUUGCUUAUUUCCACAUGAAAUUGUAACUGCUACAUCAAUGUCGUGAAUUGCAGGUCACAUUUCAAAUACUAAAUGAUUCAACUUAUUUUAUUUUAUAAUUUUUUAUGGUUGAUGUAGAGAUGUUAGUUUCCUGGGAAAGUAUUUUUAGGAAAAUUUUCCAGUAAUUUAAACAAAUUUUUUUUUUUUACAAAAUUUGGAAAAUUUGCCAACUUUCACAGAAAAACGCUAAUUUUAUGAACAUUUUUAUACAAACAGAACCAAACAACAUUCAUUUUGUCUUUCUUUACCAACUGACAGGAACAAAAAAAAAUUGUUGUUUAAACAGUACCUGCCAAUCUGCAUUAAAAACAUAUUGUAUAACAUAUAUCAAUUUAUCAUAUAUCACUAUAUCAGUAAUCCUAUGUUGGUAAUGGAAAAAAUAAACUUUUCCGGAAAAAUAUGCGUGUGUAAAUUUCCAGAACAUUUCCCACCAUCAUCUCUACUUGCACAUUACAGAAUCUCAAGCACCAGGUAAAUAGUCAAGGAAUUUUUUAAUUUUUGGACUUUAAAUGAAUUUAUUGUCAUACAAAGGAUGUAUCAUGAAUCGUUAAUUGUGCCAUGCCUAUCAUACUUUAGUUUAGUCUUUAUUUCGAUAUUUUUGUGCCAAGGUUUUUUGAGUAGAGUUUUUUUUUAUGGUGUGCAAGGCAAAGUGACAAUUUGUGAUGGUUCCUCAUAGUUCCUUAAGAAACAUCACACCCAGCAUAGUUGCAUUUUUUUCCCCCUUCAUUGUGUGAACAUUUCUGUCAUGACAUAGAAACACUGUAAGGCAAAGCUAAAACAGUGUUAGGAAGUAUGCAUGUAUAUAUAUUUUUUGUUUUCUGUAGAAAUAUACGUAACAUGUUUUGGUCAGCGAAAAAAUUAAAACAUGAUCUGAAUAAAUCAGAGUAAAGUCAAAGAGUAAUAAUGUUUGUGGGUUCUGUUGGAAAUCCUUUUAACAGCUCAUUUGCUGCUAGGUCAUUAGACGUUUGCACAAAACUACAUGAAACAUGGAUGUUAGUAAAGGAAUAGGCCGGGGCCUACAGUGAACUGUCCCGGAUUUGCCUGGACCAGGAUUCCGUCCCAGCUCCUUUUGAAUGAGAGUUCAGCGUUCAGAUGUUCCAACUUGCUCCAUUCCUGACAGUUGUAAAGUGCACAGUCACGUUAUUGUAUGUGUAGAAAUUGUCAUUGGAAGGUGUACAAAUUUCCUACAAGAUUUUUAGUCUCACCAUAUUCAAUGCGUGCGCAAAGUAUUUGAAAUUUUUUCUAGAACUUCAGGUAAGUGAACAUUACUUACCAAUUGCUGUUUAAAGCAUAACCCAAUCAAUCACUUUCUUCCCCCUUUAUUAAGUAUAAAUUAUAUUUUAAUUAAAUUUUUGUGCAACUCGGGAUCCUUUCAAUGUUUGAAGUAUGAACUCCAUUGGAGUUAGUACUUAGUUUUGAAGAUGUGUUAUUGGUGUCAAAUAAAUUUUAAAUAAUUUUAUUUGAUGGAAUGUAGAGAUCAAAUGUGUUUUGCAGUCAACAACCCACAAUUUUGGCUCAUACAGCAACAGCAUGUGUGAAACCAAAUGUUUACAUUCCAAAGCCAUGAAAAAUGGUUAGUUUGUGGUGCUGUUAUUUAUUCCUAAAUUUAAAUAAUUGUAUGAAAAAUUUCUGUGAAUUGUAAUGGUUAUUGACAGCUCUAGUGUGUGUCACUUUAAAAUAUUUGGCUUUGUGCAUAGGUUGUGCGGUUAGGUGUCUGUUGCAAUUUUCAUCUUUGAAAGUUUUUAAAGUAUCAGAAUAAAAGCUGCUAAACAAAAGGUUGUAUAUGGUGUAACAUUAUGCAAUGCUAUUGAAUCUCAGUUGAGUUACUUCUUUUUCUGGUAUGUAUAAUACUUCAAGAAAGCAUCUUCAUUGGUGUGUUUAGUGGUUUUUAAUGGCUUGGAUUCGAGCCUUUCAAUGCUGACUGAAAUAAAGUUGACAAGCAUAAAAAAAAAUUAUAUGGUCAUGAAUGAAGAUAUAUCUUGUGCCUGUUUUCAGCUUUUUAUUCUCUUGACAGUGUGUUCCUAUUACGUUGUCUAGUCUGGUAUAGCACAGAGAAUAAAUAUUCAGUGAAAUUUAAUGUCAUUCGUUGUGUAUGGUAGAUGGCUGUGUUAAAUAUGUACUUUCAUAUUCUAUUAGUAUUAAAGAUACCUAUAUUAUAUAAUUUAGUGUUUGAACAGAAUCAUGUCUAAUUGUUUAAAUGUGGUGUUUGAAAGUACAAUACUGCACAAGGCCUGCCACACAUGAAACAAUAUUUCUUGCGGCAGUAGGUGUCUGGAUUCCCACUGUUGUGUGAGGUUUGGGCUGCUGAGAUGUUUUAUUUUCUAUAAUCAAAAUGGUGCUAUUUUCGGUGUGAAUUUUAGUGCUGUUUUCUUAUCUCAGCCAGAAAAAAACAGAAAGAAAGCAUUAAGCCCCAUUCAUGUAAAAGAUAAUAUGAAAUGAAAGGCAAACAAGAAAGUAAGUAGGUAUUAAUUACAAUUUUAGCUAGUAUGCAAGAACAAUAGUGAACAUACAGUACAAGUUUAUGCACAAUUAUUUUUGGCAGAAUUUCCAGUUUUUACCUCAAAUUUAUUCCUUUUAUUCAUGUACGGUAUAUAAUUUAAAUUGCAAAAAUUUAUAUGCAUAAGGAAACAAUGUUUUUUUCUAAUAUUGUUUGAAAAUUUUUCUGUUUGUGAAAAAUAUAACUGGCCCAAUAUUGUACUAUUAGUGGCCGUGGCCGUGUCCAUGUUCUUGAUGAGGCCUAUAUGUAAUCAGCUUUAGCCUGUAAUUUUUUUACCUUUGGUAGUUUAUUUGAACAUGAUUUUUGUGGCUUUGUCGGGAUUCCUGACAGUUUGGAAAUUUUAAAGUAACCAUUGGAAAAGGAAAUACUUAACUGCAUAGACGAAUGCAUUCUAUUUGAAGGAAAGUUGUUAACCAUGUAAAUAAAAAAGUUUUUUUUUAAUGUAUACAUAUGUAUAUAGACAGUAGGUAUUGCUUAUACUUGCUUUGAGCUUCUUAGAAUUUAUGGUGUGUACAUUUCAAACACCAAAAUAUUAUGCCAUUCUUUUAUAUUUUUGUAGAAGAUAAUAGAUUCAGUUUUGCGUUAAACUGCAUGAUUUUCUGGUGGUAACUGGUUCUAAAAAAAAUUGUGUUAAAUGUUUCCCACUAUACAUUAAAGCUGUUACAGGUUUAUAUAUGUUACUUUUUUUACAUUAAUACUUAUUCAAUGUUGAAAUGAUAUGACAAUUAUGAAAGUUGUUUAAUCCAAAACUUUAGCUAAAUUGCUGCAUUUCAUUAAUGAAUAUGGAAUUCUCUUGGUAAUACAUAAGAAUGACUUUAAAACAGACAAAAAUUAAUUUUGGAUUGUUUUAGAAACUAAUACUUCCUUACUUUAAAGGUCAUCUUUUGGCUGGCUGGCUGUGACCUUUGUUUCUGACAUAACCAGACGUAACUAUGGAAGGAAGGGGAUGAGGAAGAAGUGGGGGAAAGGUCAAGGGCAGGUUGGGAUUGUAUUGGGCGGGAUUCUGUAUAUUCCCACUUAUCAACUUAGUCCGGGAAGUCGUGAGGUGCACUCAAAUACUACUCCAUGCUUAUUUGGUUCAUUAAUCACUUAUUUCACACUGAUCUGCACUUUACAGAUUUUGUACUCUCUCUGGCUUUGAACUGUAGACCUCCACCGUUCUGGACCCGAGUACAGUACAUCACGCUUGGAUAUGCAACCAGCUAUACAUGUUAAUCUCUAUCAAAUAAAUACUAAAGUCUCUCUUUUUACAACCAUCACUCGAUGCCAGUAUGAUAACUCUGCCAGCUCUCGCUAAAACUCUCUCUGCUCUCAUCCUUGGUACAUGAUGCUCUUCCCGUCCGCUGUCCUGCAGCGACCUCCCGUUCACCUUCUCCAUCCGCUCGGGUCUCGCACGCGCUUCCUCCGACAGGCAAACAAACUGCUGAAUGACUAAACAUGCAGAACAGGUGACUGACCGGUCUCCGGAGCUCAAACUCGGAGCUGAUUUUAAAUUUGCAAUUUAUUAGCAAAAUCGCAAAAACUUUCGCUGUUUCGCUGAACUUGUCAGUUAUAACCAACUUUUUUCAACAUAAUUUUUCAGAGAAAUAAAGUACCUAUAUAAUUGGGACCUUUUUUUUUACUCCCCAAAAUGAUCCCUACACAUGAACUUGCGCCCCCAACCUGACAGUGCUUAGUUUUACAUAUGUUUAUUAUUUACUGACCCAUCAUGCUUUACACUAUUUAUUUACAGUGUAUUUCACUGGCCAUAAAAGUGGUUAAAUAUUCUACCUACCUGAUUUUAAAUCACACUUGUGUUUGUGGAUGUAAUGCCAGUUUCUAACCCUUUAACCCUUCGAACAAGUUUUUACUGCGGUACUGUACAUACUUGUCCAUUUUAAUAAUUCAAAUGCAUGAGAUUUUCUUAGUUCAGGGUACGUUACCAUGGGCACCUCGCAUCAUCAGCGAUGUAGCUUGCAAAGGAAACAGUUACACGCAGCAUGAAGCCAUUGGUAGUUCCAGUCAGGGGCGGCUGCAGGAAGACAUUUCUGGAGGGACUGUCGCAUAAAGAAGGGAUGCAUGCCAGAGAUGGGCCUUAGAACAUUUGCAAAUUUAUGGUCUCAAAUACUGAACUUCAAUAGUUUAAUACAACUUUGGAAGGAAGAAAAGUUUUUAACACAUAAAUCUAAGUAUUUAAGUAAAAUUAAUACAAUUUGGAAUUGGGAGGAGCUAUAGUUUCCACCGCUACCCCUCCUUAGCCGAGCUUGGUCCCAGUGAGUUUAAGAUUGUGUUAAUUGAGCUGUCGAGAACAAAUGUCUCCAGGUGUUUGUAGGAAAUAUUGUUUUGUGUGCAGUGGGUUGUAAACUAGGAUUCAUAAAUGUUAUUUGAGGAAUAGUAAGAGAUAGUGCACUUCUAUGUGAUGGGUUAGGUGGGUGAAUUGUUUUCUUCAUAUUAUCAGAGUUUUGCAGAAUUGUAUUGUUUAGUCUUACUCUAUUAUAAUGUUUAUUAUAUUCUGUGUAUUUGACAUGUUACCAAUGAUUUUUUUUCUACUAUAUAAGUUAAGAAAUAUGAUAAUUUUGAAGGUUUAAUGAUGUAAGAUUUUAAUAUUAUGUAUUUUCAAAAGGUUAUAUUACUGACCUUGACUCUGAAGUUGCCAAAUUUUAUUAUCUAACAAAUCAGGGUCUCUGUUAUAUUGUUUGUAAUAGUUACGGAGCAAAAAUUGUUUUGUGCACAUACGUAUUUAAUAACUCAUAUAAAAAUAAUAAUUUUAAAAAUCAUGAGCUUCAUUGCAACUCUAUUAAAAAAAAUUGUGAAUUGUAGUUUUUUUGUGUGCGAACUAUUAUGAAAGUUGUUGAUGCUUGAAUUGUCAAUUUCUUGUUGUAUAUGUGUGAAAAAUCACUCUUUAGAAAAAUAAAAAAUUCACUUGUGUGCUCUUAGUGAUUGCAUAUAUCUUGCAAUGAUUGGUUAUUUAAGAAUUUUUACUUAUGUAAAAUAUAUUUUGUUCCUACUUGGUUUGGAUAAUCAACCCAGAUGUAUUGUCUAGGUAAUUUUCAAUUCCACCAGUGCUAUUAUUAUGAUGCAAACAUGUAUUUAAUACUAUUUGUACAAAGUUCGGUACAUACUGACAUGGCCGCGGCCUAACUGCCCUUAUGUUAAGCGGGGGUUCGCGUCGAUACAUGUACUGAGAUUAAUUUGUGGGCGCCACCGUGCAAGGGGCACGGACCCGGGAGAGACUCUUUUUCAGGGCCGUGAUGUCGCCCAUGUGAGGCGUGAUUUUAAUCCCCUAAAGCCAACCCUAGUACUCGCCACUGGUCCGCUCUCAGCGUCAGGUACACUCUCCACCUACGCAGUGGGCUCUUACGGCGUCCCACACGCCGUCACACUCAGGAUGUUGAAAUAAACAAAUACAAAUAAAGUUGUAUGCCCUGGUUUAUUAGUUGCUACUUCUCCUACACCUUUGAUUAUAUCACACAACGCCUGCGACACGAAUCGGUUCACGUGGUGCGAUCUGACCACGUGGUCACACUCUACAAUUCGGUAAUUAGCAUAAAAAGGACCAUAGUGGUCACCCAUACAAUUAUUUUAACGGUCCCCCCCCCCCUCCCCCCCCCGACCGAGAGAAGCCCCAAGGAAUUACGAACGAAAGAUUUAAGAUGAUUAAGAUUCAACAGAAUUACUUAGCAGUGCAGGCAAGCGGUGAGGUCCCCGGGGUGCUGAUGCGUCUGCUCUCGGUCGGUGCUGGCGAAGGACUGGGCUGAGCUCAGGGCUCUGCCAUCCUAACAUGGCGUCUUCACGCCGAACCAAUUACCGUUAUACCUAUUUACAAUUACGUGCCACAGGAAGCUACAGGUAAAACAUGAAACACUCUUAAUAAUUAGAUUACACCUAAUGCAUGAUAAAAACUAUUAACUAAAAUUACAACAAUUUAUUAUUAAUGGUAACCAGUCCGGCUUCGGCGGACUUUGGUUCGCCUCGUGCAUGUUCAGUACGUCUUUUCGUUGUUUAUGCCUUAACUAAAUGUAAAUAUUAAUUACUUAAAGUACAUAAAACACUCCCGGCCGAUCUGCCCUCACACGCCACUUGGGGAAAAAUAAGCAAAAAAGAAUUACAAUGUUCAUCUCUAGCUAAAGGGGUGCGGUACACUGCUGCUACAGCGCCCUCUUGACGUCCGUGGCACGCUAUUCAAACACAACCACCCGACUACGUACUCAAGACGGAGCGGCUGCCAGUACGGGAAGUGGGACGGGUGGUGAGGGGAAAGGUGGCGGAGACUGACCAGGCUUCUGGGGCACAGGCCCGGUUGACGUCAAUACAUUCUGACCCUGUAAAAUUUUGUAAUUGUAGUUCAUCAUAGCAAAAUAUAGUAACACAUUUAUGCAUCCAAAAAUUACACAAUACCAUCCAACUAAAUGCAUGGAUACAAGUGAUUAUGUCUACGAGAAUAGUAUUUUGAAAUUUAGUAGGAUGUGCAAAUGGGAUGAAUGCAUAUUUUAAGAAAAGUCACAAACUAUUUUAAAAUAAAUAAAUAAAAUCCUAGGUAUGCCGAUUGUAUUUUGUUUGGGCUCUUGACUGUUCUGGUAAUGUUUGUACCAUCAGUUAAUUUAUUUGCAGUGCGAGCAAGGUGUAUAUAUAUAUAUAUAUAUACUUGCCAAUAAUGAGUAUGGCUUUUAAGAAUCUAUUAAAGCAUAAUAUAUUGUGGAGUGGGGAGUUAACUAAGGACAUUCAUAUCUGCUUGAAGUUGGCUAAUAAUAUAAGUUGUCAAACAUAAGCUAUAUACAGCAGAAAAAUACAUUAGUCUUGAAAAUCUUUUACUUGACGGGAGUGUCUGCUGACAGGAAAUUGAUUUAACCAAAGGAUUUUAAUUUUUUUUUUUUUUAAUAUUUUUAAUUAGUGUCAACAAUUAUUUUUUUUCUCCCCACAAUUGUAUGUACUUUUCCCCUUAACUGUAAUAAAAAAUGAUGGGUAUUAAUUUUUAAGCCUUUUUUUAUUAAUAUUAAUGUAUAAAUUCAUCAUCACUGGUUUGUACUUUAAGAAAAGAACUAACUUUUGUUAAAAUAUAU